AUGCUCCUCUCUUGUGAAUAUGUGCUGUUGGCUGCAGUACUGACUUGCGUUUGGACUCAAGAACUGCAGGAUAACAGAAGAGCCAAGUACCGUACAAAACCACUGGCUGCAAAUAUUUAUGAUGGGCAAGCCAUCCUGGAUGAGGACUGUAGCUUGGAGCUCUCCUUUUUACUGGACAGCUCUGAGAGUGCCAAAGACAAUCAUGAGCAAGAGAAACAGUUUGCUAUGAACUUGGUGGACAAACUCCAAGGCCUGAAACUACAGACAGGCCGCAGUUUGAGUUUAAGGGUCGCCCUGCUUCAGUACAGCAGUACAGUUAUCACUGAGCAAAGAUUUAACGACUGGAGGGGCAUAGAGAACUUCAAGAACCGCAUCGCUCCCAUUGUUUACAUCGGUCAUGGAACCUACACCACGUAUGCCAUCACCAACAUGACAAAGAUCUACCAAGAGGAAUCCAGCCCAGGCAGCAUUAAAGUAGCUGUGCUCCUAACUGAUGGCUCCUCCCACCCAAGAAACCCGGAUAUUUUCUCUGCUGUCGCCGAGGCCAAGAACCAGGAGGUCAAGUUCUUCACUCUGGGCAUUACCCGCACCGCCAAUGAGCCCAUCAAUGUUGCUCAGCUUCGCCUCCUUGCCAGCUCUCCUACAUCCCACUUCCUCCACAAUUUGCAAGACAAGGACAUAGUUGAAAAGAUAGCCACUAAGAUUAGUGACCUGGCUGAUGAAGGAUGCCCAUUGACUCAAAAGUGUGCCUGUGAGAAAGGCGAGAGGGGGCCCAGCGGGCCUGCGGGGAAGAAAGGUCGUCCGGGAGAAGAGGGAGCCCCUGGGCUGAAAGGGCAAAAGGGUGAAGCAGGAAUAAGUGGUCUACCCGGGCGGGACGGUGCUGAGGGGAAAUCCGGUUAUAAAGGAGAGCAAGGUGAAAGGGGAGAGUGCGGCACUCCAGGAAUCAAAGGAGACAGGGGUCCUGAGGGUUUGAUUGGUGUAAGAGGACUUAGAGGAUUGCAGGGGCUACCAGGUCCACAUGGAGACAUUGGACCAGAAGGCCCUCAGGGAAAGCAGGGGGAACGUGGACCACCCGGCCCUCCAGGUAUUCAGGGGGAAACUGGCAUUGGGAUACCUGGACCAAAAGGCGACAUGGGAUUCCAGGGCCGCCCAGGUCCUCCUGGUCCAACAGGCCUUGGGGCACAUGGGCCACCAGGACCUCAAGGGCCACAAGGUGUUCAAGGGGAAAAAGGGCCCACGGGUGAGGGCCUUCCUGGACCAAAGGGGGAUCGCGGGCUUCCAGGACCGAGAGGAUCGAGAGGACAACAGGGUGCAGGAAUUAAAGGAGAACGGGGAGAAUUGGGUCCCCCAGGUUCUCCAGGGCCAACUGGCCUGACAGGAGUGGGCAUACAAGGAGAAAAGGGAGUUGAGGGUCCAAGGGGUCCACCAGGAGUAAGAGGCCUUCCAGGAGAGGGUUUGCCUGGACCCAAGGGGGACCAAGGUUUACCUGGAGAACAGGGAUCUCCAGGAGAGAGAGGCAUUGGUGAAUCUGGUCCAAAGGGAGAACCUGGAUCUGCUGGUUUAGGUGGCUUACCUGGUCUUCCUGGAGAAGAUGGGGCACCAGGGCAGAAGGGGGAACCUGGGUUACCCGGUUCAAGAGGUUCUGAGGGGCCUCCAGGAAUUGGCACUCAAGGAGAGAAGGGGGACCAGGGUCUGAGGGGUAUCCGAGGGUUACAUGGACCUCCAGGGAUCUCAGGACCCUCCGGUCCAAAGGGUGAACGCGGGGUGCCAGGACACCAGGGAAUUCCAGGGCAACCAGGACGAUCCAUAACUGGUCCAAAGGGAGACCUAGGUCCCUCUGGUCCACCUGGACCAAUUGGGGAAACAGGCCUUGGACUUCCAGGUCCAAAGGGUGACAGAGGUUAUACUGGUCCGCAUGGUCCACCUGGGCCAAAAGGCGAAGGGACCCCAGGACCUUUGGGCCCCCCAGGAAUUCCAGGUUUACCAGGUGAACCAGGCCCAGAGGGAAUAGGAAUUCCCGGACCUAAGGGUGACAUUGGAUUUAGAGGAUUGCCAGGUUUACCCGGCCCACCUGGAGAGGGAAUACAAGGACCCCCAGGUAAUGUUGGGAGGGCUGGACCUCCUGGCCCAAAUGGACCACCAGGAGAGGGUAUUCAAGGACCAAAGGGGGAUCCUGGAGUCCAGGGUAUGACUGGACCAAGAGGGCCAAGAGGAGAUGGGUUCCCUGGAGCUAAGGGUGACCGUGGGUCUCAGGGUGAAAGGGGAAUGAAGGGUGCAAAGGGAGAUCUGGGAGAUACAGGACUGCCUGGCGAAGUAGGAAAACCAGGAACAAAAGGAGACGCAGGCCUCACACGAGAGGACAUUAUUAAACUCAUUAAAGAAAUAUGCGGAUGUGGCGUCAAGUGUAAAGAAAGACCAAUGGAACUCGUCUUCGUGAUCGACAGCUCAGAAAGUGUUGGCCCUGAAAAUUUUGAAAUCAUCAAAGAUUUUGUCACCAGGCUGGUGGACCGGACCACGGUGGGACGCAAUGCAACGAGAAUCGGCCUUGUCCUCUACAGUCUGGACGUCCAUUUGGAGUUCAACUUGGUCCGCUACACAAACAAACAGGAUGUGAAGCAGGCGAUCCGAAAGAUGCCUUACAUGGGUGAGGGCACCUACACUGGCACCGCCAUCAGAAAAGCCACCCAGGAGGCUUUCUACAGCGCCAGGCCUGGGGUCAGGAAGGUUGCCAUCGUCAUCACCGAUGGUCAGACUGACAAGCGAGAGCCCGUUAAACUUGAUAUUGCCGUGAGAGAGGCUCACGCGGCAAAUAUUGAGAUGUACGCUCUGGGGAUCGUCAACUCCUCGGAUCCGACGCAGACGGAGUUUCUGAGAGAACUCAACCUCAUUGCCUCUGACCCUGAUAGUGAACACAUGUACCUUAUUGAUGACUUCAACACUUUGCCAGCCCUGGAGUCUAAAGUGAUCAGCCAGUUCUGCGAGGAUGAAAAUGGUGCUGUCAUCUUUAAUCGUAUUACAAACGGGCACUGGAAUGGCAACAAUGGACUCGGUGUUAAUGGAAAUAAUGAAUAUGGACAGCAUGGCAAUGGAUACAACAAUGGCUAUGGAAAAAACAAAAAUGAAGUAAAUGGGAAUGGUCAUCAAGAGGAGGUCACAAAUAUGAGACGUACCAACGGCCGACCCCGUGGGGACACGUUCGCACUGCCCAUCAGUGCUGAUCCACUCCCGAUUCAGAAUGAAGAAGACGAAGACGGUGAAGAUUUAGACUUGAGGGCCCAUGUCAGGGCCAGCGGCAGCGUGGUUGUUGUGAACAAAACCGCCUCUUUGUCACAUGUGAAGGAAAGCGCUGUGUCCAAAGAGGCAGACUUAUCAUCUUCAUCAUCAUCCUCUGCUGUAGGAUCUUCAUCUAAACUAGGUUCCAGUUCUUCCUUAAAUUCUAAUCAGCUGCAGGCAAUCGUGAGCCCAAUACUUCCUGAAGAAGUUCCACUUCGUGAUCCCCGCUGUAACCUCAGUUUGGACCAAGGCACCUGCAGAGCGUACAACAUCCGCUGGUACUAUGAUAAGCAGGCUAAUUCCUGCGCACAGUUUUGGUAUGGAGGCUGCGCUGGAAAUGACAAUCGAUUUGAAACCGAAGCUGAAUGCAGGAAGACUUGUGUUGUAUUGAAGACAGGUAUUUGA